UACACCCCUCCUCUUUAUGAUGGUGCUGUUACGCACCACUAUAAUAAGCAGAGACGUGAUUUUCUGGGGCGAAUCCCUGCCGACGUCACUCCCAGUCCUAUAUAAAUAUCCUGAGCAGCGACUGUGAUCAGACUCAAACAAAACCGAUUUUUCGGCUACAACAACCCUUGAAACAAAGGAUUAUUGGAUUCCCUUCCCUGAAUUUUAUUCCCACCACCGGAUCUUCGGCAAGCAAAAUGACUUUGAACAAGGGUGACAAAAUGCGGAACAUGGACAAGAGAAGAGGAAGCAUGCCGUUUCCAAUGAAUUUACCAAACCUCCACAGGAGAAGCAUGCCAGUAGACGACCGGGAUCUGCGCGCCACGAUGCCACAGACUGGGCAGACUGACGACCUGUCCAACCUCCUGCGCUGCACGUCCUACUCCCCGAGCGAGCAGCACCGGGGCAGCUACGCAUCGGACUCCUCCGACUCUGUGAUCUCCACCGGCAGCGAGACGGAGUCCCAGAUCUACAAAGUGGUUCUCCUUGGGGAGCACGGAGUCGGCAAGUCCAGUUUGGCGCGCGUCUUUGGAGGAGUGGAGGAUGCUGGUCACGACUGCGAGGAAGCAGGAAAUACCUAUGACAGAUCUAUGGUGGUAGAUGAUGAAGAUUCAUCCAUUGUGUUGUAUGACAUUUGGGAACAGGAUAACAGUCAGUGGCUGAAGGACCAGUGUAUGAGGAUGGGAGACGCCUACAUCAUCGUGUAUUCAGUGACAGACAAAGCAAGCUUUGAGAAGGCGUCAGAGCUGCGUAUUCAGCUGCGCCGAGCGAGGCAGUCAGAAAACAUUCCCAUAAUCCUUGUGGGCAACAAGAGUGACCUGGUGCGAUCCAGAGAGGUGUCUGUAGAUGAGGGGAGCGCCUGUGCAGUGGUAUUCGACUGCAAAUUCAUCGAGACAUCUGCAUCCCUUCACCACAAUGUGCAGGACCUUUUCGAGGGCAUCGUCAGACAGAUCCGCUUGAGGAAAGACAGCAAGGAGGAGAACGCCAGACGCAUGGCCAACUGCAGACGCAGAGAGAGCAUCGGCAAGAAGGCCAAGAGGUUUCUGGGACGCAUGGUUGCACGCAAGAACAAGAAGAUGGCUUUUAGGCAAAAGUCAAAGUCCUGCCAUGACCUUACAGUUCUCUGAGGAACACAUGGGACUGACAGACAUUUUUCUUUGGCCUCUGAAGACCAGACGCUGUGUGUGUUUCAACACUAACCCUAAAGGACUAAUAGAGCUGUACAGAAAUAUAUUUUUAUUUUUAGACACCAAGCAAAAGAGGACUUAAAUAAUAAAAAUGACGACAUUCAAGUCAUA